AUGCCCACCACGCGCACAACUUCCAAGCAGGCAGACUUUGGCAGGCGCGGCAUCAGGACACUCCGCCGCAUGUUGGAUCCCCGAACCCGGCGUGGCGAGACUUCCUCAACGAAGGUGGAGCCACCAGAGAAAGACAGGGACAAAAUUCCGAGAACAGCAUCCGAACAGAUAUCGACUGGUGCUCCGCUCACUAUUGCCUCGUCUCAUUCUAUACCUUCGUCCCUAGCCCUGGUGGUUUCGACCCCUUCGAUCACAAUUUGCAACGACACCUCUGCCCCGCUGUUGGAUACAGGACCCAUGGUCUCAGGACUCGACUCCAGCCCGCUGCUCAGCCCUGACUCAGUAAUUGACGAAGCCAAGCCCGACAAUCAAGGCUCCACUUCCCCGUCGAUAACUGUUAGUGACGACCCUCAGUCAAGCUCAGCUUCACCGAGCCAUCCUUCUUCCACCUUGGAACUGCAUUCUGUUCCAGGACUCAGCCCAAUGUCUGCUAGUAACGUGUCCCUCACUUCGACGAGUGAUUCGUCUUUUCUCAGUGUCGACGGCAUCGGGAUGGGUCCGAAGCUGUGUCGCUGGAGCAGCAAGGGAAAGCAAGAUACUGUCAAGGCAGACCUCAUGUUCAUUAGUAGGCCAGCCACAGCUGCCAACGGGUCGAAUGCAGUCAACACGACGAACGGCCAAGUACGAAAGCCCAACCCAGCUAAUUACGGAAAAUAAGCGUAUUGUAUGUGUUGAUGAAGC